AUGAGUUCUGCAAGUGGCAGUCGAGACCGAGACAAAAAUCGUAAACACCUCUCUGGAGCAGCAAAACACAAAGCGAAGAAAGAAUGUGCCUCAUGGGAACGCAACCUAUUGAGCAAAGUACCAAAAAUCUCAACACUAUUCGGUUCCAAUAGCAGCGCUGCAACUCCAAGCGGUGAGACUAGCGACUUGGACGCCAGUAGUAGCAGUAUCUCUGUAGACGCCCUCACGGAUGUGCAAUGUCAGCAACAUGAUGAAGGAGCUAGCGGAUCGAGCACAACAGAGAUACCUGUAAUAUCUAAUGAUCUCUCCGAUCCCCAUUCUUCUGAUUUAGGAUUAUGGCCAAAUACCAUUUCGAACAGCAUGAGAGGAAUACUGGGCAAUGAAGGGAACGAUACAAAUUCUCGUGUUGAUGCAGAACUAAUCAAACAGGCGAAGACAGAGCGUGAUUACUGGUGUGCAGUCCUAGAGUGGGCGGUCGAAGCUGUUCGCUUACUGGGGGAGCGUGGAUUAGCGUUUCGUGGCUCAGAUGAAAUUGUCGGUUCUGACAAAAACGGAAACUACUUGGGCAUAUUGGAAUUCUUGGCGAAGUUCGAUCCAUUUCUUGCGCAGCAUAUAAAGUUACACGCAAACAAGGGACGGGGUCACACAUCAUAUCUGUUUAAGACAGUUUGUGAAGAAUUAUUCGAUUUGAUGGGAAAUCGUGUGCUGGAUCAGAUUAUUUCAGAAGUGAAGUCAGCAAAAUAUUUUUCGGUUUCCGUCGAUUCAACCCCAGAUGUUGCUCACGUUGACCAGCUCUCCUGCAUUCUACGGUAUGUUUUGCCAUCAGGUCCUGUUGAGCGGUUUGUUACCUUUCUGGACAUGCCAGGUCACAGUGGGCGAGAACUAGCGGAAAGCUUGCUGAAAUUCCUGGAGAAGCAUGACAUUGAUAUCGCAAACUGCCGAGGUCAGUCCUACGACAACGCAAGCAACAUGAGUGGCAGAUACAAUGGUAUGCAGGCCAUUAUCCGACAGCAUUGUGAGAUGGCUCAUUAUGUACCCUGUGCGGCACAUUCACUUAACUUGGUUGGUGAAUCUGCAGCAGGUUACUGUCUGGGAGCCGUUGCCUUUUUCAAAUUUCUCCAAGGAAUGUAUUCCUUUUUUUCCGCUGCAACGCAUCGCUGGAAAGUUCUUAGUGACAAACUAUCUAGCAGAAGCCUUCCAACUCUCAAGCACAUGUCUGAUACUCGCUGGUCCGCAAGCACAGAUGCGACGAAAGCGCUGGUGGACGGAUAUGAUGAAAUCUGCGAUGCCUUGUUGGAGCUUGCUGGCGACAUGGAACAGAAAGCUGCCACCCGAGAAGAAGCAAGAGGUUAUGUCGACAUCAUGAAUCGGCUGGAGACAGGCAUACUAGCUGUUUUGUGGUAUCAUAUUCUACAUCGUUUUCACGGCAGCAGUCAAGUUCUACAGUCCGCCGAACAAGACCUCAAUUCAGCUGUUGCAAUCUACGAGUCUCUUGCGGAUUUUAUCCGAAAGCUGCACACCAGAUUCGAAGAGUUCAAAAGGAAAGGAAAGGUACUGAGUGAAUGUGACCAAUACAAGGAAGACGUCCAACGAGUGUGUGAACGUAAUCACUGUUACGAUGAUCCGGAAGCAGCACCUAAACAGCCGCAGACUCCAGCCGACAAGUUUCGGACAGGAACGUUUCUAGUAAUUGUAGACAGCAUCGCUAGUGAAUUGCAGAAACAAUUGGACGCCUAUUCAGAAAUUGCUGCGAAGUUUGGCUUCUUGCGAACGCUCAAAGACUUGCCAAAAGAGAAAGUAACCGAAUGUGCAAUCAAACUGCAAAAUGCCUACCCCACAGAUCUGGAAGACAGUUUGUCUGACGAACUUUUGCAAUUUUCCAGCUUUCUGAACACAGAUUUUGCCAGGAAAUUGCUAGAAACAUCUGCAUCUCGAACAAUCCCUGCCACUUCUUCAGUUACCAUUCCUGGGAGUGAGAUACCCUCUGAUGAAUCGGACCUCAAAGAAGCCGAGUCGGUGGCCGUGGUCACAAAAGAUGACGAUGACACUCAAACUCAUUGA